GAAGAAUCAAGGAAAAGAAAGAAAAAUAAUUUUCAGCAAAAAUUUUUCAUACUCCCGAUACAAAAGCACAGAAAAAAGUGUAUAAUAUUGCUUAAAAAUUGUAAGAAAUAAUAAAAUUGUUUAUAAACAUGAAAUAUGGAUAGUAAUAAAGAAAUUGUUGAGAAAAUAGUGACCCCAGAGCUAUAUUUUUUAAUUUCCAAGUUCUUGUCUGCGGGUCCUCUCAAAGAAACUGCAAAGGUAUUAAUAAAGGAACUUGAAAGUAAAAAGGUUUUGCCUAAACGUACAGACUGGUUGGGAAAUGAACAUGAUCAAUCCUUGGCUGAAUUGGAAAGAAAAUAUGCCCACAUUGGGUCAAAUCAUUUAUUGGAAAUAUGUUGUCGAAUUGGACCAAUCUUAGACAAUGAACUGAGUCCAAGUGUUCCUGGACUUAUAUCAUUGUUGGGUUCUGGACGUCAGAGCCUUUUGCGGACCAAAGACAGUAUAUACAAAUCCAGAUCAUUACUGGAUUAUUGUACUCGUUUACAUGGAGUAUCACUGCCGGAUUCUGCAGUCACAAAGCCCGUACAUAACUUUCAGAAAGUUUUAAUUGGACGCGAGUAUGGAGGACCUGUUCGUCGAAAACUCUUAGUGCCUACAAGUCUCUAUGGGAAGACGAAAUUACUGCGUCGCACUGUGGGUCAUUUAUCAUCAGUUUAUUGCGUUCUGUUCGAUCGUACAGGGCAUUAUAUUAUAACAGGAGCUGAUGAUCUUCUCAUAAAAAUAUGGUCCGCUAUGGACGGUCGCUUACUGGCUACUCUUCGUGGUGCGUCUGCUGAAAUAACUGAUAUUGCUAUUAAUUUGGAUAAUACUAUGUUGGCAGCAGGGUCUGUAGAUAGAAUUUUGCGCGUAUGGGACUUACAAACCACAUCUCCAAUAGCUGUCUUAGCAGCUCAUACUGGCAUGAUAACCUCAGUAAAUUUUUGCCCUUCGCCAAGAAAUGAUUUAAAAUAUUUAGUUACAACUAGCAACGAUGGAUCCAUUGCAUUUUGGCAAUAUUCAACGCCAAGAGGGCAAAAGAUUACAUUUGCACCAAAGCCAAUACAAUAUCAUGAGAAACUAAGGCCGGGUCAGGCUCAAAUGAUGUGUACAUCGUUUUCACCAGGUGGGAUAUUUUUGGCAGCAGGUUCAGCUGAUCAUCACAUUCGUGUUUAUUUAAUGUCUGAAGAUGGUCCUAAGCGUAUUUUGGAGACCGAAGCAUACACAGACGCCGUAGACUCUGUGCAGUGGUCUCAUAGAGGUUUGCGAUUCAUAUCUGGCAGCAAAGACGGAACUGCUCAUAUCUGGACAUUUGAAUCGCAGCAAUGGAAAAGCGUAAAAUUAUGCAUGACCGAAAGACUGCCAAGUUGUCCAGAACCAGAGGAAGGCAAAAAAUUGAAAGUUACGAUGGUUGCCUGGGAUUGUUCGGAUAAAUACGUUAUUACUGCAGCUAACGAUUUUACGAUUAAAAUCUGGAAUGCUAAAAGCGCAAAAUUACAUUGUGUUCUACGUGGUCAUAAAGAUGAGCUUUUCGUUUUGGAAUCAAAUCCUAAAAACGAGCACAUUUUGCUGUCAGCGGGGCACGAUGGCCAAGUUUUUCUAUGGGAUAUUGAAAAGGGGGAAUCAGUUGCUCAUUUCGUAAACAAUAUCGAUGGACAAGGACACGGUGGAGUAUUUGAUGCAAAGUGGUCACCGGACGGCACUAUGAUUGCUGCCACAGAUUCUCAUGGUCAUAUAUUGAUCUUUGGCCUUGGUGUAACAACUGAUAGAUAUAAAAUUCUUCCGAAUGAAUUAUUCUUCCACACAGAUUACAGGCCAUUGUUGAGAGACGCAUCUCAUCAUGUUAUUGAUGAACAAACACAAGUUAUGCCACAUUUGAUGCCACCGCCGUUUUUGGUCGAUUCCGAUGGUAAUCCUCACCCACCCAGAUUUCAACGUUAUGUUCCAGGAAGAGAAAAUUGUUCUACAGAACAAUUAAUACCGAAUCUCACAAUGGCGGUUGAAGGUGUGGUUGUAGAGGACAACAAUUAUUCAAAUAUAGAUCGGUUAAUAGCAGCUUUGGCCAACAGACAAGGAGGUGUUGGAGGGGGUAAUCAAAAUAGUCCUCCAACAGGUAGAGCGAAUCAUUCGCAGCUGGAUCGUAUGAUUGAAGCCUUAGCGAACCGGCAAGGUCACGAUCAAGCACCAGACUCAAAUAAUCGUCCUUCUGGCAGUCGCAAUUCAAACAACGGAAAUGUGCUUGGGAAUGGCCCAAGCACAUCUCGAAACAUUUCAUUGGAUAGAAGAUUGUCGGAACAAUCUAAUCAGCAGGCUCGCCAAGGUACAACAUGGGGAAGACAACCUGCAGAACAGGAUCAAUCAUCCCCGGCAAGUCAACUGAAAUACGUGCGCCGUAUUUAUGUUCGACCUAUGAAGUAUUCUCAGCUGCAAACUCUCAAAACAUCGGUUUACACAGCAGGACAAUAUGAAAUGCAAGACUAUAGACGUGAAAUGCGACGACGUCCAAUUAUGAUAAGUACUGCCAGCAUUGUAACAUCUCAAUCUGGAUCGGGGAGGAAUAGAAAUAUUCGUGCAAAUGGUACAGGUCGUGUGGGGAGAAGACGCGGUGGGCGUCCAGCCGGUCAACAACAGCAGCAACCGGCAUACCGCACUCGAGCAGUACGUGAUCAAGAAGAAAUUGAAGAGCCGCCAGCACCAGACGUAUUAGAAGAGGAUGAAGAAAGUAGCAAUUCUUCUGGAGACACUAGUUACUCAAAUGUAGAAGAAAAUCUUGAAGAAUCUUCCGACGACUCGGAUACCGACUCAUCCGAUUACUCUGAUUGGGUUGCUGAUACACCAGGACCAAAUUUGGAACCCCCUAAGCGUUCCAAACGAAAGCCUUUGUCUCGUCGACGUACUGUCAGUGAUGACAGCAGUGACGAUACAACGGAACAUCCUACAACGUCUGCUAAAUCUGGAAGAAAGGCCAAAAAAAUUCUGAUACCACCAACUGCACCAAAUGGUGAAAUUCCAGAAGUUUAUCGUCCAGCCGAAUGGCUUUCGGAAGUUAUCCCACGGAAGGCUCCAUACUAUCCACAAAUGGGUGACGAAGUAGUGUACUUUAGACAGGGCCACCAUCGAUACAUUGAAGCCGUUCGUUUGAAAAAAGUAUACAAAGUGUCACACAGUUCCGAACCGUGGAAUUUUCGCACUUUAAGGGAUCGUGAGCUCGUACGUGUCAUAGGUAUAAAAUAUGAAAUUCGGCCUCCAAGGUUGUGUUGUCUUAAGUUAGCGAUCAUCGAUGAGGAUGGUAAUAUGACGGGUACUACUUUUAAAAUCAAAUACCACGACAUGCCGGAUGUGUUAGAUUUUUUGGUUCUCAGGCAAACAUAUGAUUUAGCAGUUCAACGAAACUGGUCAAUUGGAGACCGUUUCCGUUGUAUGAUUGGUGACGGUUGGUGGAUGGGGCAGAUCGAAUCCCGACAUGCUUUAUCCGCAGAAUUUCCCGACUCCCCAUUUAUGUGUUUUCGUGUCCGUUGGGAUAACGGUGAGUAUGAAUAUAUGAGUCCAUGGGACAUGGAACCCAUAGACGAAAAUCGCUUGCCAGACGAAGUUGGAGGUGCUGUACCCGUUUUACAAGAAGAGAUUCGUGCCACGUUGUACCAACCAAAAUCUGAGGAAUGGCACCGUGGUGACCGAGAUGGUUCAUGUCGUCGAAUAAUUAAUGGAUUCGAACAGGUUAUGCGUUUGUCAAUAGCUGAACAUUUCUUAGCACCUGUAGAUUUGAAUAUUUAUCCGGACUAUGCGUAUUUAAUUGAAUAUCCCAUUGAUUUAACAACAAUCAAAUCAAGAUUCGAAAACCAUUUCUACCGCCGAAUCACCUCCGCCCAAUUCGAUGUACGUUAUUUAGCUACAAAUGCCGAAAAAUACAAUAGAAGACACACGAAUAUUGUAAAACAUGCUCGUAUAAUAACAGAUCUGUGUUUACGUAUUAUAAGAGAACAAAAUGAUAUUGAUGUGGCUGCAGUUUAUCAUCAACUAGUGGAUGUUUAUCAUUCAUCCGAAUCGGAAAAUGAUAAUGAAUCGGAUGUUGUUCCCUCGACAAGUACAGGACCAUCAACAUCAGCUGCAGCAGCAAGAGCCAGACAAAGCAUGACCUCGACAAGAAGAUCUAAUAGAAACCGUUCCGAAAGCGAUUGGCGUCUCGAAUGUCGGCAGUUGUUGGAAUUAAUGUGGUCACGGCCAGACUCAUUACCAUUCCGUGAACCAGUGGAUACAAUAGAAUUUCCGGAUUAUCUAGAAAUUAUUGCAACUCCUAUGGACCUUCGGACGGUUAAAGAAGAUCUAUUAGGUGGAAAUUACGAAGACCCAUUAGAUUUUGCAAAAGAUGUUCGUUUGAUUUUUCAAAAUUCUAAAAAUUAUAACACCAAUAAACGCUCACGAAUAUAUUCUAUGACUUUACGAUUAAGUGCUCUAUUCGAGUCGCAAAUAAAGACGGUUAUUAGCAAUUGGAAGUCGGCUAGAAGACGGGCUAAUAAGAAUAAAUCUCGUGGAUCUAGUAGCAGUCCUAAUAAACGAACGCCUUCUGAACGUACACGUUCCACAGGACGCAGGAGCAAUUUGGUAAGAAAUACAAGGCGAAUACGUAGUUCUGAAGAGUCUUCACAUAACGAUGAAGAGGAUGAUGAUGACGACGAAGACAAUGAGCAACCACGUGGAAGUCAGCGAAGGGGACGCAUUGGCCAAGCUCGUAAUGGGAAUGGCGCAGCAACCGCAAGCACUUCCAGUUCGAAUCGUGUCACUUCUUCAUCAUCCCAUAGACGAGCAAAUGUGUUGGAUGAUCCGCAGCCGGGAACAUCACGCGCAUCCAGGCGCAAAAAUCCAAGUCAAGAGUUGGAUGGCGAUGAUAGUGCCGAAGAUGAUGCAGAAGUCACAGGUUCAAGUACUGACUCGGAUGAGGAUGAUGAUACUUCAAGUGCAGACUCAAUUAGUGACAACAGUGCCAGUGAAAAUUCCGAAGAGAGUUACAGCCCAGAGAAAGAUCGAAAGCAGAGAGGACGUAAAAGACAUCACCAUAAGUCUGGACGUAAAAGCAAUCACUCAGGAGGAUCCAAACGUAGGAGACGUAAUAUCGAAGACGACACAGAUGAAGACUUUGACGUCGGUAGACAUAAGAAACAUAAAAAGUCUGGCCGAAAAGGUCGAAAACCCAAAAAUGGCGCACGUAGAGGUGGUGGCGUUGUUUCUCAAAUUGAUGAAAGCACACAGGAUACUCUUUCAAAUACACCUAAGAAAAAAGGAAGACCACCGAAAACGCCACGCAAUGAUGAUGGUCCAACAACAAGUACUGCCUUAAUGCUGCAAAGUCCUUCGCGAAAUACUAGAAACCAAAUAGUUUCCCAAACUAAUAACCCAAUUGGUGUUGGAGUUGGAAGACGUGCAACUGAAAACGACCACAGUUAUCACCUACCGGUGCGCAAUGGUCGCAUUAUUGAAUCUGAUACAGAUUCAAGGGAAGUUGCAGCCAGACCCACUAGAGCUAGUGUUAAGCGAGCCAUUAUGGAGUGGGCUCGUGGCAGUGACAUAGAAGACGGCGAGGGAACUGAAGAAGCCGAAGAAAUUUUGCCAACGCCUACUCCCACUAAAUCCAAUGGAACUGCUAACGGCCCCUCAUCCAGUCGCACCGCUGUUGCCUCAAUGAGUGUCGUUAGGCAAUUGCGAACCAAUCGCAAUACAGUUGUGGAGACACAAAAUGACUCCGAUAAUGACAAUGAUAGCGACGAUGAACCUCUCGCUUCAAGUCAAGGAUCUCAACAUAGACAUCCACAGAAUAUUGGCAAAACAUCAUUACCUCAUCCAACGCACCUACAGCGAAACGAAUCAUCACAAAAUGGAAAAUUAAGUGGCAGUAGUUCAUCAUUACUACAUAUGACACGUUCUCAUGCCACAUCAACAACAUCGAAUAUAGCUACCUCCUCUUCUGCGGCACCGCCGACUGUUCAUGAUCACAAUUAUAUAGGGGAUCCAGGGCCCUCGACCUCCUCUGCAGCUAACAGAAACUCAAAAAGACAUCCGCACAAUUUCGAUGAAUCAGAUAGAAGUCUUCAGGGUGCGGAAAGUGGUAUGUUAUCGUCUGCCCAAACACGUCUGAGACGUGGCCUACCUUCAUCUACAACGGUUGGCCCUGCGUCAUCGUUUCAAAGGGAUAUCACGCUUCAAGCUACAGUACCCGUCAGAAGAGGUCGGUCGCGUUUUAGUCAAGAAAAUUCUCAAACAGAAGCCUCAGCAGACGAGAAUGGACCCGAAGGCAAUAUUGAGGACGACGACGAUGACAACGAGGAAGGUGUUUCGGAUAUGGGUACAGGUGGUUCCACUGACUCCUCUGCCACAGAUGAUGCCUCUGAUUCAGAUGACAAUCAGCCAUUAACUUCGUAUGUACCUAAAGCGAAACGUGGUAGGAGACCUGGAAACAAACGUCGACUUUCAGAUGACUCUUUCGUCGCUGAUGAAGAGGAUGACUACAAUAAAGGACGUCAUGGAGGUCGUAAACGUGAUUCUGGCGGAGUAGGAGGUCGAAUUAGCAGUCGGCGUAAUCAAAGAGGUUCUCGGAAUCAGAAACGUCCACGCUACAAUGAACUAAGUGAUGAUGAUGAAAACUCCACCGCUGCGAAUAGCCGAGGUAGAAAACUGCGCAAUGAAUCGAUUUCUGUUGUUGGUAGUUCAGCACUUAACCAAGAUGAACAAGAGGCAAGUACAAUGGACAGCGAUGACGAUCAGUUAGUUAGUGUCAGCAGUAGAGGUCGCGUUCGAAAAAUUACUGCCAAAGCGAGAGGGAUUUUUAAGGAGUAACUUUUUUGAGACAUUUAUCUACUCCUGCGACUGUAUCCAAAACAUAUACAUACAUGCAUACAUAUAUUUUUUAUUAAUACCGAUUCACAGAAUUCAUUCACUUUUUAUUUAGUUUUUAUGUUUAAAAUUUUUAGAAAUAUUCAUUACCAUUUAGAAAUCCCUCUAAAUCAUUAUUUUCCAUUUAAUAUAAGAUUCACUAUUAAAGUACAUACCUAUAUAUUUUUGAUUUGUUUGUAGCGUAUUUGUAAAAUAUUUAGAAAUUGCUUUUUUAUUAUUUACUUCUUUUCCCCUAUUAACUUACGCCUCGGUGUAUUUCAAUUAAAUAAAUAAAUUUAAAAACAAACAUUUAGUUCGUCAGUAAAUAACAUCGUAA